UCCAGAUAACCAGAGAGAGCACUGCUGAUAGAGACAGGAGAGAGGGAGAGGCAAAGGAAAGAGGGAGGGGGCCAAAGGAGAGGGAGCCACACACAGGAGGAAAGAAGAGAGGCAACGCACUGCUCCAGCGCUCAGACUCCGAGAGGCAAGGACAGAGGAGAGACAGGGAGCUCAGCUCACUGACAGACGCACAACAAGAGAGGGCAGAAAGACGAGAGCUCCCGGGCUCAGUUACACACUCAAGUGACUUCAAACCAGCUCCGACAAAACAAGAGAAACAAAGAGAGAGAAAGAGAAAAGAAGAGAAGUCUGGAUUCUGAGACUCUUUUUUGUGGCCCUCCUUGCGUGGAUUUUUCUGGACAUUUUAUGAGCUGCAGCAUUAAUCCUUUUUUUUUUGACUUCCUAUUUUAAUUUAUUUAUUUUGUGCUCAAAACUUUGGCAUCUUAUAUCCAGACGUCCUCCACCUUCAUGUUAUCCACCUCCCUGGACUGGAGGAGAUAAAUGGUUUGGGACGUGUGCGUGGAGUAGAUUUUAGGAGCAUAUAUGAAUGGACUGAUAUUUUCACUGUGUGUGUUUUUGGAUGUGAGAGUGUAGGGGUACAUUCAAACUUAAAAAAAAAAAAAAAAUUGUAAUUUUGAGUGUGUGUGUUUGUGUGUGUGUGAGCAACCAGGAGCAAAAAGUGGCAGUCUUGGGAAGAGAGGGAGGAGGAGGCGAGAGGUCCUUGAGGCAAGCGCCUGGUUGUUCCCCUUGCGAGGUGAUCUGAGUUAUGGAUGUUGACGCAUUCCUGCGGCGCUUCUGAGGAAUAAACAGCACCGGGGACUACAGCCGAGUCAGCCACAACACUGUGGGCUUCCCCACCGCCGUCAUCCAUCACCAUUAAUAUCACUGACAACUCUACAUCUGCUACCAAGAACCUCUGAUUGUGUCCACCACAGCUUUGUCAGUCUUUGACCCUGCCGUUGUACAGGUUUUUACACCACAGUCCCGGUGAGGUUGUGGGUCCCCAGACGGAGGAGGUGCAGUCGGUCGAAUCGGGGGAGUUUCUCCCACUCUCGUUCCCUCUCCCUGCACCCAGCUCAGCAUGCCCCAGCCCCUGAGCACCUCCACAGCUCUCCCAGCUCCACUACCAUGUGUAGAUGGACAGUGACACAAGGUGCACCGGUCGCCUGGUUCUCCUCCUGCCCCUGCUGCAGACCUCCUUCACUCCUUCUCUCCCUCACCUUCCUUCUCCUGCUUCUCCUGCUGGGACCGACCUCGUCCUCACCUCUGUCCGCUUUGUCGUCACCACCAGACUCUGAAAAGAACCACAAUGCACCAGGAGGGACUCCUCCACAUUUCUUCAUCCCACACCCGCCACCUUCAUCAUCACCCGCACCUCUGCACGCAUCCUCGGCGAGGUUGCCACGGGCAACCAACGUGUCAUCGUCCUCCGCAACGGUCGUCGGGCGCCACGUGCGGAGCAGCUACAACCAUCUGCAAGGAGAUGUGCGACAGAGGAAACUGUUCUCCUACCAGAAAUUCUUCCUUCGCAUUGACAAGAAAGGAACAGUUAAUGGCACCAAAAGUGAGGACGAUCCAUACAGUAUUUUGGAGAUCAAGUCAGUGGAUGUGGGAGUGGUGGCCAUCAGGGGCCUCAGCAGUAACCACUACCUGGCAAUCAGCAAGAAGGGAGUGCUAUAUGGAGCGAGGGACUUUGGUCCAGACUGUCGUCUGAUUGAACGCAUUGAGGAGAACAAGUACAACACCUACGCUUCAGCCGAGUGGCGCAACAAGAAGAAGCACAUGUUUGUGGGACUGAACGCCAACGGAAAGCCAAUGAAGGGGAGGAAGACACGGAGGAAAAACACAGCCACUCACUUCCUGCCCAUUGUGGUACAACCACGAUGAUUGGACAUGUCAGUCAUUGGGGAACUCUGCACUCUGCAGGGUAUCGGACUCUUUUGGAGUUACAGUGAUGGAUACAUUGGACAGAUCUGAGUGGGAUCUGAAUGAUGCACUGAGGAGGAAAAGAAUGGAAACCUAGAGACAUUUAUCUCUGUCGGAUAAAGACAUUUCUAUUUUUAAAGAAAGAAAUAAGAUAUAUUGGUAUACAAUGUAUAUAUUAUUUUCUGUUUACACAUAGUACAUAGGCACAGCAGAAAAUAUGAAAAGAAAUGACUUCUGUGCCAAAAUGUGAUUUAGUAACUCACAUUUCUAGAUUUGUGAAGCGCUUGACAGGGAAGAAAUGAAAAUUAAACAAAAUGACAUUAGGUAAAGAAACAAGAGAGGAGAAGACAGAGGAGAGAAGAGGAAGUACUGAUGGAAAGCUGACUGAUAUAAAUGAGAACAAAAGGCCAGAAAGGCAGGAAAUAAGAAAAUGGCAGAAGGAAGGAUUUAGUCAAGAAAGCAAAGCAACACAGCAGCAAGUCUAACGUUACCAUGUUUUUCUUGAAAUUUAUUUAUUUUGUGUAAUAUUUAACAAAAAAACACAAAAAACACAAAAAGGACAAAGUAUUGUCUUUUUUACCAUUUAUGCUUCUUUUUUGAAUACUAAUCAUUUAA